AUGAGCACAACCACAGAACUGAGACGUCGUAUAGCAAAUAAGCGCGCCGAAAAUCCCAGACAUAGGUUCAAUAUAGGCGAGCACCAAUAUCUCGGGCGAAUCGAAGGAGGUUUAUCCCCAGAUUGCACGGUUUGGGGCACGGAAGAAGAUGAAUCUCCUAACUUGCUGUGGGCGGCCUCAUUCGAUGAAUGUAUGUUUGCGACGUAUUUAUAUGUCAGAGAGGACCAAAAGCUCAAUUUAAAAAUACUGGCACAAUGGAGAGAGCAGUUUCUAGACCGGGAUGACGUUUUCCAUGAUAAAUUUCUCGAGUGCAUCGUACUUGAUGGUAUCGAGUAUAAUGAUAACACCUUUGUGGAUGGGAAGGAUCCCGCCGUGAAAGACUGGCCAACACACAGUGUAUUCUAUGGUGGGGGUCGGCAGGGUAUCGACAAGAGUGGGCCAAUGUAUAUCCAUGAGGGCCUUGUUUACUCGGUAUCAAAAGUCUGUCUCGACCCCCAGGUCGCAUUUAUACUAGCUAUAUGGCCUUGUGAUAAAUAUCAAGGAGCCGAUGUUGUGAAUACACGUGAAAUCGCUGUGCCCCCAAGGUCCUAUUCCACGAUACCAUAUCCGUUGUCUACACGGAAUGGUCUUCACUGGCCUCUAGAAGGAAUGAGGAUUGCUGUCCAGGACAACUACUAUAUCGGCGGUACACGUAUAUCGCUCGGAAGCCAUAAUGAAUUUUCCCGCUUUGCCAGAAAGGUCGAAACUGCAGAUCUGGUACCUCUAUUAAAAGAGGUGGGCGCCACCGUUAUUGGCAAAACCACAUGCAGUCCCUUGUUCAUUAUCAGUGAUCAAACCAAAAGGGGACACUGCCAGAUACCGCUUAAUCCGCGAGGAGAGGAGGACAGUUUGAUCGCGGGUGGUAGCAGUGGUGGCAGUGCAGCAGCAGUUGCAGCAUACGACUGGCUUGAUUUGGCAAUCUGCAGUGACACUACUGGAGGUACCCGAUUUUCAGCGCUUCACGCCGGAGUCUUUGGAUUUCACCCGUCAACUGGUGCGGUAUCGAAAAAGGGGCUGUUCACAGUAUGGGAAGGCUUGGACACGCCUAGCUGGGUUGGAAGAGAUCUUAAAGUUUUCCCCUACGUUUUUAAGACUUUGCAUUCUCUAGAUCAAGAAGCCCCGCCAGAUUAUUAUUCAAGUGAAGGAGAGGAAGACGUUUCUGGCGCACCUAGCACGUUCGGGAGAGAUAAUGAAGAUUCCCCUAGCUAUUUCGAGACUGCUGUACACUCUCCAACUGAAGAAGACUUUCCGCCAUCUUAUGAAAGCGAAGAAGAAAAAGAAAAAGAAGAAAAAGUAAAAACAGAAGAAGACGUGCGUGCAUCAAUUCGAGCUGGGAAACGCCGUGCAGAUACCAAGGAUCCCAAACAAUUUGAAAAGACUCCAAGACAAUUUGGAAAGGCUCCAGGACAGUUUGAAAAAGCCCCUUUAGAACAAUUGGACAAGAAUCCUCCACAGCAACCUGACAACUACGCACGCCCAAAUCAAGAAGACCAGCUCCAGAUUCUAUAUCCAACCGACUUUAUACCCGAGAACGACCCCGACCAAAUCAAGGCCACGGAAAAGUUUUUAAACGAUAUCUGCAAAGCAACCGGAAGUUGGUGUCGACGCAUCUCUAUCCAACAGGAUUGGCGCGAUUCAAGCCCCGUUGAGGAGAAGGAUUUGAAUAAAUAUCUCUACAGUCUCACCCACCACGGACUGUAUUUUGCAGCCUACGCCUCUUUUGAGAAAUACCGAGAGAGUUAUGGGAAAUCGAACAAUUUGAAAACCGCCCUGUCAGGCAAUGCUAUACCACAAUGCUGGGAUCGGAGCAACAAGGUUGGUCCGAAACAGCACAUGGAGAUUGAGACGCGAAUGUCCGUGUUUAAGAAGUGGUUCCUCGAGCGUUAUUAUUCUUCGUCGCCCAAAGUGGUCGUGGCGAUUCAUAUUGACGCUGUCAAACCAAUGAGCGAGAAAGGAGAUCCGUUUGGACCAUUGACAUCGGGGCUUCAGCCAACGUAUCUUGCUGCUAUACUUGGUGCUCCUGAAGUAGCUAUUCCAAUCGCACAAGCCUCGUACAGAUUUCAGAAUCCUAAGCACAGAUCUCGCAUUAUGAAUGUGAGCAAAAAGGUGACGAUGCCGAUAGUCAUCUCGCUCAUGGGAUUUCCAAAGGGCGACCUAUCGCUUCUUCAAUGGGCUAUUCAAGCAUUGCAAAAGACAGGGCGUCCGACGCGAGUUAAUACAGGGCUGCGUGCGUUUUGA